CUAAAACACGUUUAUCUGCGAUAAAACAAGUGAGAGCUGAAACCAAAAGACAUCAAUAAUUCAGUCACAACCAACAAACAAAAGCUACAAUGAGUUCUAAAAUUCCCCAAGAGCAACCAAAAUGCUCAGUGGCCAUCAAGAAAAGGUCCCGAGUCCCUGGGGUUAUGAUCACUCAGUUUGUAGAGCGACUUCCUGCAGGAAAAUCUACACCAGAUUUUGCCAGGAAACCAAUGACUACAACUGUUCAAGAGGGUAAAAAAGCCUUUUUUAAAGCUAUGGUUAGUGGCGAGCCACCACCAACUGUUACAUGGGCUUGCAACAAGGGUGAAAUGGAUGAUCAAGAAAAGUACAGCACCCGAUAUGACGAACGAGCUCGAGAACAUGUUCUUGAGAUAGUAAAUGUUAAACUUGACCAAGCGGACAAUUACAAGUGCUUUGCAACAAAUGAGUAUGGACAAGCAGUCUGUGCAGUUACCCUGAAUGUUGUUGAAGGCUUCAAGAAGAAACCACAGAAUGGUACGAAAUCAAAUGUGUCAAAUGGGCAGGCCGCACAAGAUUUCAGAUCUAUGCUUAAGAAAACAACUGUACCCACCAGGAAAAAACAACUCCCUCCACAAAAAGAGGGAGAAAUUGAUCCUAAACUCUUGGAACUGCUUCUGAGUGCACCAAAGAAAGACUAUGAAAGAAUCUGUUUGGAGUUUGGUGUUACUGACUUCCGCUGGUUACUGAAGAAACUCAAACAGAUAAAAAAGGAGAGGGAAGAUGAACAAUCAAAGGUUGUAGAAAAUCUGGACAAUAUGAAACAAAUUGAAGUGAAAGCGUCUGGAAGAGCUGAAUUUAGCUUUGAUAUGAAACUACGAGAUCCCAACAGUGAAGUUAAUUUAUACAAGGAUGGGACCUUGAUUCCAUAUGAUGAUGACAAAAACUCAAAGCACAGCCUUCAGAAAACUGGAAUAAAUUAUCUUUUCAGCAUCAAAGACCCUCAGCGAGAGGACGCUGGAUUUUAUCAAGUUGAUGUUGAAGAGACCAAUGUUCUUACAACAGACUUUCAAGUACCCGAUGUGGAGUUUGUAGCAAAAAUCAAGGACAGUAAAGUCACUGAGAAUGAAGAUGCAAUCUUUCAGUGUGUUUUGUCAACACCUCUCAACAAAAUAACUUGGUCAAAAGAGGAUGCAUCACUGGAACAUGGUGGUAAAUAUGAGAUUACCAUCUCGGAGGACAAACUUACUCACACCCUGAGAAUAAAAGAUUGCCAAAUGGCAGAUAAGGGAGCAUAUUAUGCCAUUGCUGGUAUAACCUCCAGCAGUGCCUCACUCACAGUCCAAGCUGAUUCAAGUGGGCAUAAGGGCACCAAACCCAGUGAUAAGUCUAAGCUGAUCUCAGAAGAGCAGGAGAAGUUUCCAAAAGAAAACACUGAAAUGGACACAGCAAAGCAAACAAAGGCUGAAAAUGAUGGUGCAGACAAAGAUGCACAGGAAAAAGUAGAAGAUGGCAAAGAAGGAAGAGUAGGAGGGAAAGGUGGAGAUGGUAAUGGUGGAGAUGGUAAUGGUGGAGAUGGUAAUGGUGAAGGUAUAUGUGAUGGAACAGGAAAAGGAAACGAUGAAGAUGGCAAGAAUAAAAACCUCCUAGGAGAUGAUGGCAAUGACAAGACAAAGAAGCAAUCCAGAGCUGCUGUUUUGGUUUCUGACUCUGCCAAAGACCGAGGAGCUCAGUUUGUCAGAGGUCUGUCAGAUAUAAAUGCCAAAGUUGGUGACAGAGCAGAGCUGUCCUGCAAACUAAACAGUGAAACCUCUGAAGGACGCUGGUAUAAAAAUGGAAAGCUGCUGACAGAGGAAGAUGGCGUAAAGAUAAUCAAAGAUGGAGCCUGUCACAUAUUAAUGAUUGAGUGCUGUAAAAAAGAUGACACUGCUGUGUAUCACUUUGAAGCUGAAGGACGCAAAUCAGAGGCAACACUGAAUGUCCAAGACCCACCAAGACUUGACCCUGAUGCUCUAGGUGACUUUACAAAUCCAGUGAUUGUUAAGGCAGGUGACAAUGCUGAGUGGAAGCUGCCUUUCUCGGGUGGAGCACCAAUGAACAUACAGUGGUUCAAGAAUGACGACGAGCUUCUGCCUGCGGUCAAUGUGAAAAUUGACACUUCAGAUACUGAGAGUCGACUGCGCCUCACCAAAUGUCAAAGAAAAGAUACCGGAGAAGUCAAAAUCAAAAUUAAAAAUGAGUUUGGCGUCAUAGAAGCUGUGUCAAGGCUUAUUGUACUUGACAAACCAACACUGCCACAAGGUCCUGUUGAAAUAACCGAAAGUGCGGUUACUUCUGUGGAAUUCAAAUGGAAACCACCAAAAGACAGCGGUGGCUGUCCAGUUACCAAUUAUAUCAUAGAACGGCGACAGGUGGGACGAAAUAAAUGGUCAAAUCUGGGAGAGAUCCCUUUUAUCCAUAGCUACAAGGACACUGAUGUGGACCCUGGAAGAAGAUACUGUUACAGGAUUAGAGCCAAGAAUGCUGAAGGCAUCAGUGAUUACCUGCAGACGGAGGACAUACCAGCUGGUGUAUUACGUUACCCUGGACCACCAACAGCACCCAAAGUGGCAAGUGCCUUCAAAGACUGUAUCAAUCUGUCAUGGUGUCCACCCUGUGACACAGGGGGAACCAAAAUUAUGGGGUACAACUUGGAAAAGAACAAGACAGGCACAAAUUACUGGAACCUUGUAAAUCAAAAUGGGCCAAUUACAGAUACAAAGUAUGCAGUGAAAGAUAUUUUUGAGGGUGCAGAAUAUCGAUUUAGAGUGUCUGCCAUCAACCUAUCUGGUGCUGGAGAACCCAGUAUUCCAUGUGAGGCAGUUAUUGCAAGAGAUCCUAAGAAACCUCCUGGCAAAGUGAUAGACCUUAAGAUAACAUCUUCAAGUUACACCACAUUUUCACUGGCGUGGACUAAACCAAAGGAAGUGAAAGGCAUAGAAGAUGAAGCCCAGGGUUACUAUGUGGAAAUCAGACCAAUAGAGAGCCUUGAAUGGACCCGCUGCAAUGCCACACCAAUUAGAUUAACUUCCUACACCGUGCUGGGCCUCAAGGCAAUGGCUGCAUACUGGGUGAGAGUAAUUGCCACAAAUUAUGGUGGAAAUGGGGAUCCUCGAGGCUUUGAUAAUUACAUCACUGCCAUGCCACCUCCUGUGAGACCAAGGUUCAAGGACCGCAACAUGAAGACCUUGAUGGUGGUGAAAUCUGGAAACACUAUUCGAGUCAACAUCAACUUUGAGGCUUCUCCGAUGCCUGACAUUUCUUGGGUUAAGGAUGGAAUUCCUUUGCUCAAACAUGUGACUAUAACCAAUUCAGAUAGAGGAUCUCAGUUGUUAAUUCCCACAUCUGAGAGAUCAGAUAGCGGCAUCUACAUGAUCACUGUCAAGAACAUUGUUGGCCAGGAAAGCUUCAGUGUAGAAAUCAGAGUUACAGAUGACCCCAAGCCUCCAGGCCCCGUAGAGCUGGAUGAGAAAAUACCAGGAACAGUGACUCUAUGCUGGGCUCCAUCUCCAGAUGAGAAAAGAGAUGACAGAAUACACUACAUGGUGUCCAAGAGGGACUCCUUCAAGCGCACUUGGAGGACAGCAGCUGACAACCUUUUUAACAACAAGUUCACAGUUGUCAACAUUAUGCCUGGGCGGGAGUACUACUUCAGAGUGUUUGCGAAAAACGACAUGGGCCUGUCACCACCAUCUGAGUCCCCUGUGUUUGCUUUAAAAAAGGAAAAAGGAAAGUUCAAAGUUGACAUGCCACAGAUGAAAGCCCUGGAUUUUGAGUCACCUCCAUCAUUCAUUAUCCCCUUGAAGAGACGCACAGCUCCUGAAGGAUAUGAAUGCUACAUGAGCUGUGCAGUAAAAGGUGACCCAGUGCCCCAUGUAACUUGGUACCACAACAACAUCAGCCUCAACACAAACACAAACUACCACAUAACAAAUGUAUGUGGAGUCUGCUCAUUGUUAAUACUACGAGUGGGACCCAAAGACAAUGGGGAAUACAAAGUUAUCAUUGAGAACAAACUAGGGAACGCCGAGUCCUCCAUGACACUAAAUGUUAGAGAAUAAAGUGGACUAGUAACAUCGAGAAUCAGCCAGAACCAUGAGAUUCCUCACUGCAUUUCAAAUCAAUGAUGGAAACUUGUAUGGAUUUUAAGCUGCCACCCUUUUCAAUAAAGUGAUCCAC